GUGCGCACCGGCUGAUUGGUGAGCGACACUCGGUGACGACUGCCCGGCCGCGCCGCACCACUGCGCCGCCGACGCUCGCACGGCCUGCACGUCCGCCCGCCACCCGCUCCUGCCGCGACCUACCGCCCGCAGCCGCCCACGCCGCCCGCGCGCCCACGGCCUGAACUCAUCUCGACAGUUUUAGUUGUUAUUGUGUGGCGUCGAUUCUCAGAGAGACACACUGGUGCGCUUAUCAUAGUUGGUGGAGACUGUGUCAGUUGUGCCGGGACUGGCGAGGCACCAGCAUGGAGGACGUCUCUGCCCACGACGACAGCAGAAGUGUUCGCUCCGGGGGGUCCGCUAGCGGGCGGUCUCCCCCGCCUCUCUCGCCCGUCAUCACCAGCAUGGUAGGUUGUGUGUCCCCGAGCAGCCCACCGCCACCCCUCAUGGCCGCGCCGCCCCUCUCCGUGCCCGGACCGUCGCCGCCCGGAGGCCACUCGCCGCCAAUCUUCCCCUCCCCGCCGCCCACCUCCCGGCCGCCACCUUUCCUCCCUGCCCUAUAUUUCUCCCACGCCUACAACUCCCCGCCGCCCAUCCACACAUCUGACCCGACAGCAAAUGACUGCAAGCUGGUGGAGUAUCGCGGCCAGAAGGUGGCGGCGUUCAUCAUCAACAAUGAGACAAUGCUGUGUCUGCCGCAGGCAUUUGAACUCUUUCUGAAGAACCUGGUGGGCGGCUUACACACUGUCUACACAAAACUCAAGCGGCUGGGCAUCGAGCCGCUGGUGUGCAACGUGGAGCAGGUGCGGGUACUGCGGGGCCUGGGCGCCAUCCAGCCCGGCGUCAACAGGUGCAAGCUCCUGGCAGUGAAGCACUUUGACAUCCUCUACAAGGACUGCACAACCGCCAGCUUGCGAAGAUGGAGGGACCCUGUUUACAGAUGUAGAGACAAGACAUCAGGCUAUUUUCGAGUGUCCGGAUCGCGGCCUCGUAUGCUAGCGGGGCCCCUCCCUCCACAAGGGGUCCAACCCGGGGGGGUCCAACCAGGGGGGGCCCAACCCGGGGGGGCCCAUCCCACCCUCCCCAGCGUAGUGAUGCCUGGACGUCCGCCCAAGCGACCCCACGAGAUCAUGGGCAUGGGCGGCCUGCCUGGACCCAUGGGCCCUGGAAACCUACCUCCCCCACACCUUUCCCCAGAGGCACUCAUGGCUCUCAAGAAGACCCGCAUGGACGCCAGGGACUUCCCGCCAUUCAUGAACGGCGGCGUACCUGUCGCCUUUCCAAUCCCUCCAGAUGGAGACAUGGAGAAGUCUCCUCUUCUCUCCAACGGGUACAACCCCCCACCCAAGGGCCUCAUGGCGCAGUACAUGGCGCUCAACGGCGGUAUGCCCCACCCCGCCCUGCUGGCACACACGGGGCUGCCACUACCGCCCCAUCCCGCCCCAUGGGCCGCCCACGCCGCCGAGCACCCCUUCAAGAACGGCCCUCAUCCUGACAGCCUGGCACGCCCGCCGCCUCACCCUGGCCUCCUCUGCUUCAGGUCGAUGGUGUGGGAGAACUGUCGGGCUUCAUACGACGAGGUCCUCAAGCACUUGGAGAGAAUACGCGAGGACAGAAACAGAGCUGACCGAAUGCUGGGUCUGGAGAGGGACGAGGCAGCAGACCGCCCAGCAUCACCGCACAAAACAAACGGCUAUGGGGAGGGAGACGCCCUCAACCUAAGUAGCAAGAGUGACUCCCGCGAUGACCUCAGCGACGCUCCCACCCCAAGGGACGACAAGGACGAGGCUCUUUCUGACGCUGACGACCUCGACGACAAAAAUGACCUGAGUGACCGAGAGGACUUCGACUACUCGGACCGCCCCUCGCUACACUACUCAACCAGCAACAACAACGACAACAACAACACCAUCACCAACACCCUCACCUCCACGGCCAACAACACCAGCGGUGCCGGCGGGGGCGUGGGGGUCCUGGCGGGAGGCGUCGGGAACUUGCUCUCCGGGAACAUCAAUGGCAGCAGCAGCAGUAGCAGCAGCAGCAGCAGCAGCAGUAGUGUAGCCACGCCUACUACGUCACAGUGCUCCGCCCUCCUACCCGUCGGGGACGACCGUCUACCUCCAGGCUUGAGUGGGCUGGCGGGACUGAGCAUGGCCGGCGGACCCGAUGUGACGCCCGCGACGCACCACCCGCCGCUCUCCUCCCUCGAGAACCUCCUGGGCAACAUUCAGAACCUCCUGAAAGUGGCAGCAGAGAGCGUGAGGCAUGAGGAGAAGCAGUGGAUCAGAGAGAAGGAACACCUUCAGCUGGAAUUCCAGAGGCAGAAGGAGAUGCGGGAGAGACUAGAGAAGCAACUGAUGGAGGACGAGAAAGUGAAGUUGCUGUACCUCCGCAAGCUGAAGAAGGAGAAGCGGGCAAGAAGGCGCCUGGAGGAGGAGCUGACGGAGAAACUUAAGAGACUCUCACAAUACGAACCCAAUGCUAAGGAACUGCUAAGAGCCGCUGCCGAGUCUCUAGCUAAGGAAGGGGUGAAUAACGCAGCCGUGGCAGCAGCGGCGGCGGCGGCAGCGGCUGCAGCUUCAGGCGGCUCCUCAGGCCAGAACGAGAACCCGCACCUCAGCCCCAAGACGCACCAGACGCAGCAGCAGCAGGAGCUCCAGGAUGGGCGUGCCAAUCAGAGUGAGGCCCCACCUGUGUAUUUCAACAAAUCGAUGCUCUUCAACUGCACAGCCUAAAACCCAUUAACACAAAAACCUUCGAGUAAACACCAAGUAACAGAGCGUGGCGUAGUGAGAGUGUGGCUGUAUAACUCUGCCAUUCCCGCUGUCUACUGCUGCCUCCCUCCUCCCCCCCUUCAGGCUCCUGGUGGGGGCUCCAAGGACGCCGCUGGCCCGUACCACCACAACCACCGCCGCCGCCCCAGGACGACCCACUCCUCCGCCUCCGCCUGGCUGUCAACCUCACCCAGAUGGACGCAUAGCCGUUUAUGGACUCUCAAAUAAGAGCCCUGGGUGCACUAGGGGCUGAAGGAUCUCUCUCUCUCUCUCUCUCUCUCUCUCUCUCUCUCUCUCUCUGGGUGCCACAAGAGCUCUACAGGUUCAUCCCGGUGUGAAUAUGAACGCUCACUCUCACCUGACAGUGCGAGUGAGUUCCCUUCGCCUCUGCCAGCAAGACACCGGCCGCGGGAAAGAGAUACGGCGGUGAGCGAACACGAAAAAAAAAAAAAACAAUGCAGAAACCAGUGUAAGGACGAGGCUGGUUAGGGCGACGCGCAACCAGAUCGCCUCCUGGUCCUCGGCUUUAGUGGGAGCGAGGGACGGACACCACAGGUACUGGCGCUGCCCUAAAGUCGUGAUGUGCCCGCCGCACGACCCCUGAUGCCCAGACUCGACCUGCCAGUACCAGGAAUCUUGGCUGCCAAUUACGUGAUUUUUUUUUCAUCUCUCACUCUCUGGUGUGUGUGUGUGUGUGUGUGUGUGUGUGUGUGUGUGUGUGUGUGUGUGUGUGUGUGUGUGUGUGUGUGUGUGUGUGUGUGUGUGUGUGUAAGUGUGUGGACUGCCCAGACUUGCUUCACCCAUGGACAGGUGUUCAAGUUACGCAAUUAAGGUAAAAUAUAAACAAAACAGGUACGCAGAUACAGACAGACAGACAAGAGAAUGAUUCAUGUACAUAGUUUUCUUCUACUCACUCUUUCUCUCUCUCUCUCUCUCUCUCUCUCUCUCUCUCUCUCUCUCUCUCUCUCUCUCUCUCUCUCUCUCUCUCUCUCUCUCUCUCUCUCUCUCUCUCUCUCUCUCUCUCUCUCUCUCUCUCUCUCUCUCUCUCCGGUCAGUGAUGAUGAUGAACAAUGGUGAGAGGUGACUGACGGGGUACAGAAACAUGACCAUUGUGGAAGAACUGUGUGUGUGUGUGUGUGUGUGUGUGUGUGUGUGUGUGUGUGUGUGUGUGUGUGUGUGUGUGUGUGUGUGUGUGUGUGUGUGUGUGUGUGUGUGUGUUAAGUUUAAAAGCUAAUAAAAAUCACUUCACAAAUGUUUCUGCUUUCUGAAAAAAAAAAAAACCCGAUCUGGCAUUGAUUACUUUUUACUUAGAUGGACUGAGAGAAAAGUGAUAGAAGAAAGACUUUAACCCUUAAUUAAUGGUAGAAUGUAAGGAACUCGAUUACUAAUUUACUUAAUGGUCACCACUGCCAACAAGAAGAAGAAGAGGAAGAAUCAUUGUUGUUUACCGAGAAAGUGAACAAAAAAUGCAGGUAAAUGAAGAAAAAAGAUAAAAAAACUGCAAACAAUGUGGUGGUCAUAUUUCCUUUUUUUAUUAACUCUCACUUCAUUACUAUCAAAAGCAAUUUUCAGACAUUCUCAAGCAUAUGUGAAUCCCCCGAUUAACGUUAUUACUCUAUACGAUAAGGUGCGAGUGAGUGAGGUGCGUGCGUGUGUGGUGCGGCGGGGUGGUGACUGCUCCGCCCACCCGUGUGUGAAUAACGAGGAAAAAAGUGACCGAGCAGUUACAUACCACCGAGAUUGUGUGUUGAUAUCCUCUCCUCCUCCUCCUCCUCCUCCUCCUCCUCGUCCUCGUCCAUCCCCACCCCUCUCCCUUCGUCUAUCCUCUCUUAUUAUGUAAUUCAUGUGUUUUUACCUUUGAUUUUGAAGGGUAUACUGCCGCAGUCUGCUUUGAGAGUAAAUUAUUGACCUAAUGCUCUGUGGAAAAUACCAGUUAUAAUAGAUAGUUGGUCUGCGAAGCCUGAGAAGAAGAGUAUUUCUAUCGAGCACACAAUCCUCCCGUCAACCUCCCUUUAAUUCCCAGCUCCCCUCGUCUUUUUAUGUUUGUUGUGGUGGACUCGCGGGUUCCUCUCCUCAUGAGUUUGUCGGCAUUGACACUUUUUAAUUAUUUAAUCAUUUAGUGGAAGUCUAUGCGGUGAUUUAUCGUGAUUCCAGGGUCAAUUAUUGUUUUCUUUAUCAAUUAGUCUCUUACUUGUAUUUUGGAUGUAAUGAUUAUAUAUUUUUUUUAAUUGAAAACGAAAAUAAGAAAAAUUUCACAUGAUAAUUUUAAUCUAUGAAACACACUAGGAUGAAAAGAAGAAAUUUAGUAUCUUGGUCGACAUAUUGACACAAACUGUAAGAACUUCAAAAUCAGAAUCAAACCUAAUAAGAGAAACCCAAUCGAUCGCCACGAACAAAAUGAAGGUUUGGAAACAGAACAAACUUUCUCACCUUCACCACAAACAAACCAUUACUACGUCUCAAUAUAAAGAAACCAAUUUUUUCUUUAAGUAUUGACGCUUUUCUGUUUUUUGUAUCUUUUGAAUCACUCAUCGUCAAACCCGCCAGUCAAAACGUCAGGCCCCGCAACGCCUCAGCGGAGACCCAAGAACUCUAGUCAUGUUCCGAAGCUACCGCCCUGCCCUCCCUCAGUCCCCAACCCCUCCCUCAGGACACACGCACCAACAAAACUCUCUUCUCCGGCUACGCAUUCAAAUGUUACCUGUUGUUACCCGCAUCCCGUGUCGCCGAGCACCUCACCUGGGCACCUCACCUGGGCGCCUCUCCCUCCAGACAUGACUCGCUGCCCUCGCCCCCCUGUGUGUGUGACCCCCAGGCAGUGAUGCUUCCCCCUUCCCCUCCCCACCACCCACCCCUGCUUUCCCCAAGGGUGUGCAGGGCUGGGUUCUUGGGCCCUCGGUGUUUUGCUCGACCCCACUUGUACUUACGAGUCUAUAUAUAUAAUCUAUUUACAUAUAGAAGACUGAAAUUCUCAUAGGAAAACAUCCAACAAACCCCAACAACCUGUGCUGCUUUGUUCUAUAGGAGAUAAGUCACAAAUGUAUGUAUUAUGGAAUAAAUGUUGGAGUUCUGUAC